CUUGGGCUUAAACUGACUUGGGGGUGAGUUGCGCAGGGAAACAGGGAGAGUGCCUGUGUCAAAAAGCUGGCCGUCACCAACUCUCCCUUACUGCCACUCACAUUCUCUCAAUUGUCCUCUUGAGGAGCAUCACAUAAGCAAAAGGAUACAUAGCCUUUCUGUACUCCAGAGAGGUGGGAGCUUGAGGAGGAGAGAAGAUGCUCAACAACAUGUCAACGGACUGCGAAGAGGGAGAGGGGAGCCCCAACAACCAGGGUGAUGGGAAUCCUAAAGAGAGCAGUCCUUUCAUCAACUGCACCACCUCCAGUGAUGUGGAGAAGAACCAGCAGUAUGACGGCAAGAAUAUGGCUCUGUUUGAGGAGGAGAUGGACACCAGUCCAAUGGUGUCCUCUUUGCUCAGCAGCCUUGCCAACUACUCCAACUUGCCAACAGGCAGCAAGGAGCACGAGGAGGCUGAGAAUAAUGAGGAGGGUGCACGUCCGUCGAAAAAACCUAUCCAGGCACCACAGCUGGGAACUCUGAUGGGUGUCUACCUGCCAUGUAUUCAGAAUAUUUUUGGUGUCAUCCUCUUCCUGCGAAUGACCUGGAUGGUCGGGGUUGGAGGCGUGCUCGGUUCCUUCAUAAUUGUCUUCAUGUGUUGCUCCACAACCAUGCUCACGGCCAUCUCCAUGAGCGCCAUUGCAACAAACGGAGUGGUUCCGGCUGGAGGUUCCUAUUACAUGAUCUCUCGCUCCCUUGGGCCUGAGUUUGGUGGUGCGGUUGGGAUUUGCUUUUACUUGGGCACCACCUUUGCUGGUGCCAUGUACAUUCUGGGAUGUAUUGAAAUCCUGCUGAUUUAUAUUGUUCCUCAGGCAGCCAUCUUUAAGAUCAAGGGCUUGGAGGGGGUGGAGGCAGAGGCCGCCCUUCUAAAUAAUAUGCGGUUAUACGGCACCCUUGUUCUGAGCCUCAUGGCUCUGGUGGUGUUCGUGGGGGUGAAAUACGUCAACAAGCUGGCGCUGGUUUUUCUCGCCUGUGUCAUCCUCUCGAUUGUGGCUGUCUAUGCGGGAGUCAUCAAAACCGCCAUUGACCCGCCUGUCUUCCCUGUCUGCCUACUGGGAAAUCGCACUGUUGUCUCCAAAGGCUAUGACAUAUGUGCAAAAGUCAUUGAAAUAGACAAUGAGACAGUCACCACCAAACUGUGGCGCUCGUUCUGUGAUUCUGAGUACCUCAAUGCCACUUGUGACGAAUACUUCGUCAACAACAACAUCACAGAGGUACAGGGCAUCCCCGGGGUCACUAGUGGAAUCCUGGCAGAAAACCUGUUUGGCAAUUAUCUGGAAAAGGGGAUGAUUCUGGAGAAGAGAGGACUUGUAUCAGAAGUAGAUCCAGACACUUCUGCUACCAGCACUAAUCGAUUUGUGCUUGCUGACAUUACCAGCUUCUUCACACUGCUAGUGGGGAUAUACUUCCCAUCUGUUACAGGUAUUAUGGCGGGUUCCAACCGAUCUGGAGACCUGCGUGAUGCUCAGAAGUCCAUCCCCAUUGGCACCAUUGCAGCCAUUACCACCACAUCUACUGUGUAUAUGUCUUGUGUGGUGCUUUUUGGUGCCUGUAUAGAGGGUGUUGUCCUAAGGGACAAGUUUGGUGAAGGUGUCAAUGGUAAUUUGGUGAUUGGGACCCUGGCAUGGCCGUCUCCAUGGGUCAUAGUAAUUGGCUCAUUCUUCUCCACCUGUGGAGCAGGACUUCAAAGCCUGACUGGAGCUCCACGUCUCCUACAGGCUAUCUCAAGGGAUGGUAUCAUCCCAUUUCUGCGAGUUUUUGGACAUGGUAAAGCCAAUGGAGAGCCCACCUGGGCUCUCUUGCUUACAGCGAGCAUUUGUGAGAUUGGCAUCAUCAUUGCCUCUUUGGAUGCAGUGGCACCCAUCCUUUCCAUGUUCUUCUUGAUGUGCUAUAUGUUUGUAAACCUUGCCUGUGCACUGCAAACUUUACUGAGGACUCCAAACUGGAGGCCUCGCUUUAAGUUCUACCACUGGGCUCUAUCUUUCCUGGGUAUGAGUUUGUGCCUCUCACUUAUGUUCAUCUGUUCCUGGUAUUAUGCCAUAGUUGCCAUGGGAAUCGCUACAUGUAUCUACAAGUACAUUGAAUUCUGUGGAGCUGAGAAGGAGUGGGGUGAUGGGAUACGCGGCAUCUCUCUCAGUGCGGCUCGAUUUGCUCUCAUGAGGCUAGAGGAGGGGCCACCACACACGAAGAACUGGAGGCCUCAGAUUCUGGUUCUGGUCAGUAUGGAUGGCGAGCAGAACGUAGAGCAGCCUCGUCUGCUGUCUCUAACCAAUCAGCUGAAAGCAGGGAAGGGCCUCACCAUCGUUGGCACCUCCGUUCAAGGAAAGUUUCUGGACAACUAUACUGAGGCCCACAAAGCAGACCAGUCUUUGCGGAAAUUGAUGGAGACAGAGAGGGUUAAGGGAUUCUCUCAAGUGGUCAUAUCCUCCAAUUUGAGAGAUGGGACGUCCCACUUGAUCCAGGUUGGGGGAUUGGGAGGUUUGAAGCACAACACUGUGAUGGUCAGCUGGCCACGUAACUGGAAACAGCCCGAGUGCCACCAACAAUUCAGAGACUUCAUUGAAGUGGUAAGAGAGACCACAGUGGCUAGUUUGGCUCUGUUGGUUCCCAAGAACAUCUCUAGCUACCCAUCCAAUGGUGAGCGCUUCACUGAAGGACACAUAGAUGUGUGGUGGAUUGUCCAUGAUGGAGGCAUGCUGAUGCUUCUGCCCUUCCUGCUACGCCAGCAUAAGGUUUGGAGAAAGUGCAAGAUGCGCAUUUUCACUGUGGCUCAGAUGGAUGACAACAGUAUCCAGAUGAAAAAGGACGUCAUUACUUUCCUCUAUCACCUGCGCAUUGACGCUGAGGUGGAAGUGGUGGAGAUGCAUGACAGUGACAUCUCAGCCUACACCUAUGAAAAAACACUAAUUAUGGAACAGCGCUCACAAAUCCUCAAGCAGAUGCAUCUGACCAAGAAUGAGAUGGAGCGAGAGAUCCAGAGCAUAACAGAUUCAUCCCGUGGGUCUAUCCGGCGUAAAAAGCCCUCUGCUCUACGCUCCCAACCCAGUAUUGAGGAAGGAGCCAGAGUGGCUCAACAACCAGAAGAAGAGGUCCAGCUCAUCCACAGCAAGAACGCCUCCACACCUGCCAGCCCCACCAGCCUCACUGCCCCUGCAGGGGGCGGAGCCACCUGGACAGACAGCAAGGGAGCAGACAAGGGGAAGAACCUGGAAGCUGGCAAAGAUCUCUUCAGCAUGAAACCAGAGUGGGAAAACUUGAACCAGAUAGAUGUGAGACGCAUGCACACAGCCUUGAGGCUCAAUGAGGUCAUCGCAAAGAAGUCCAAGGAGGCAAAGCUUGUCCUGCUCAACAUGCCAGGACCCCCGAAAAAUCGUGUGGCUGAUGCCAGAUUUCACACCAACGAGACCAGACCCAUGGACAAUGCAGUGUACCGAGACUACCCUUUUUUUACAGACGUACAGGUGAUGAUUUUCAUCGGCUUUGGAUGCCUGCUGGCAUUUUUCCGACUCUAUGGCUUUGGAGGGAUGGUUUUUAACUUUCUGGUGGCUACUUUUUCCAUCCAGUGGGCCAUUCUAGUGCAAGGGUACUUCCAGUUCAGCCAUGAUGGUAAAAUUCACCUCGGGGUGAUCAAUCUCAUAAAUGCAGAGUUCGCCUGUGCUGUGGUGCUCAUCUCCUUCGGGGCAGUGUUGGGGAAGACAAGUCCGCUGCAGCUGCUUGUCAUGGCUCUCCUGGAGGUGCCCGUGUUUGCAGUCACAGAAUGGGCAGUGCUGAAAUACCUGAAGAUAAACGAUGCAGGGGGCUCCAUCCUCAUCCAUCUCUUUGCCUGUUACUUUGGCUUAGGUGUCACUUUUGUGCUGUACAGACCUCGCCUUAAUGAAGGUCACACAAAGGAGAGUACCAGCUACCAGUCGGACAUCCUGUCUCUGAUGGGGACCUUGUUCCUCUGGGUCUUCUGGCCCUCAUUCAACUCAGCAUUAACACUGAAAGGCGAUGGCCAGCACAGGGCCAUCCUCCACACCUUCUUAGGUCUGUGUGCUUCCACCAUCACGGCUUUCGCUCUUUCUGCUAUGAUCAACAAAAAAGGCAAACUCAGCAUUGCAGACAUCCAGAACGUGACCUUGGCUGGAGGCGUGACAGUCGGCGCAUCUGUCGAUAUGAUGAUUUCACCUGCAGCUGCGUAUGUUCUGGGUAUGGUGGGCUGCACUGCAUGCAUGCUGGGAUACAAGUUCUUGAGCCCCCUCUUAGCACACCGCUUCAAAAUCCAGGAUCAAUGUGGAAUACAUAACUUGCACGGCCUAACGGGACUUAUAUCUUGUACUGCAGGGAUUUGUGCCAUAAUGACGGCCAGUGAGGAAGUCUAUGGCCCGAGUUUUUAUGAGAUCUUUAACCACAGAGCCCCAGAAGAAGGGGACCCCAAGCUACUUGAGCUCCAGGCAUUAAUACCUGGUUUGCAGCCGGGUUUAGGGAGGACUGCAGGAGAACAGGCUCUCUUCCAGGUAGCAGCUAUCUUCUCCACUAUAGGACUGUCAGCUGUAGGAGGCAUGCUCACAGGUGUGGUCUUGAAAAUACCUUACCUUGCAUCACCCACAGAUGACUUAUGUUUUGAUGAUCAGGUGUAUUUUGACCUUCCCUUGGAACAUUAUUCACCACUGAAACUCAGUCAAGACAUUGACAAGGAGGAAACUGUUGCCUAACAUGACAAGCUGUUGAAGAUAAGAAACAUAUUUAAUUAUGUUAAUAUGUGUCUUCAUAUUGAAAGAGCUCAAAAAAUGUGUUGAGCCAAUAGUGUACAGUAUACUGUACAUAUGUGCAUGUAUCACUUAUCCUCAUGAGUAAAUGAGUAAA